AGCAGCCCCCUCCGGCCCAGGCCAGGGCCAUCCGCGCCUCCCUCGCCUCGCCUUGCUUGGGCGGGCGGCACGCGCUCGGGCGGCCGGUGGACGUCCGUCCACCACCGGCGGGCGCCGUCGGCAUGCCGGCGGCAGCGGCCGGGCGCCCCAAGGCGGCUGACGCGCCGCUGGGCGGCGUAGGCCUCCCGCUGGCGGCCUCGGCCUGGCUGCUGAGCCGGUGGCCCGGCUGCUGGCCCCCUUUGGCGCCGCAGCUGGCGGGUGUGGGCGCCGCUCAAGGCCCCCUGGCGGCCCUGGCGGGCCAGGGUGCAGCCCUGGCGAGAUCGGCCGCGAGGAGCGCGGCCGCGAGAGCUGCUGAGCUCUUCGGCUUCGCGAUCCUCCUGAAGCAGAAGAAGAUGAUGAAGGGCGUGCACGGCACCCUCAACCCCUCGCUGUGGCGCUGGUACCACCGGCACGGCUACUGGGCGCGGCGGCGCAAGCUCAUCGACUUCGGGACCUACAGGCGGUGGCGGUACCACGAGGUGGAGGGUCCAGGGAAGCGAGGCCAUCGGUAUGCUCACCGGUUCAACCAGUGGUGGAUGGACAAAUCUUAUUACAAGCCAAUCAAGAAUUAUUGCCGGUUCUGAGCGGACAUAAACGAUCGCUCUUUCGGAAAGAGCGUACGCAUGGGCAGAAGCAGGAAAA